UAAAGCAUUAGACACUGUACCGAAUGAUGAAGUAGUAAAUUUUUUUAUGGACGUUUUUAACAAGUUUAACUUUACAUUAUUGAAAGAUGCCGUAGUGAACAAUUAUGAUAACAUUGAAUUAAGUAAUGCAAACUCAAUGAUACUUUGUGGAGAGGAAUAUUUUAUACGUGGGUAUUUUGAUUAUGCGCUUUUACAUCUGAAGAAAGCAUUAGAAGCUCAUCCUAUAACACAAUAG